AUGAGGGUGUCUGGGUCCAGCGAUGCGGGGGGAGCACCGCCCCCUGGUGGCGGUCCCUUUCGGGUCACCCAGACUACAGGCGGGGCGACGGGAAGGGCUACUCGGGGGCCGGUCGCCGUCCAGCCUCCAGUCGGCUGGUUCCUGGCGCCGCGUCUGGGCGUCGGUCUCCGCCGCCCGCCGCGCGCCUCGAUGUCUCCAGCCGCUUACGGGAGGACUCCUCUCUGCUUCAACUGCUCCAUCCUCCCUGGAGACAUGUCCCCGACGGAGGCAGGGAGUCCGGUGCCCUGCAAUGGCAGUAGGGCCUGGGGGGUCUUUGGCCCUGAGGACUUGAACCUGACAGAUGAGGAACUGAGACUCAAGUACCGGGGCCCCCGGCAGACGGAGCUGUUCGUGCCCAUCUGCGCCACGUACCUGCUGAUCUUCGUGGUGGGCGCCGUGGGCAACGGGCUGACCUGCACGGUCAUCCUGCGCCACAAGGCCAUGCGCACGCCCACCAACUAUUACCUCCUCAGCCUCGCUGUGUCGGACCUGCUGGUGCUGCUCGUGGGCCUGCCCCUGGAGCUCUAUGAGAUGUGGCACAACUACCCCUUCCUGCUGGGCGCUGGUGGCUGCUACUUCCGCACGCUGCUCUUCGAGACGGUCUGCCUGGCCUCGGUGCUCAACGUCACCGCCCUGAGUGUGGAGCGCUACGUGGCCGUGGUGCACCCGCUGCAGGCCAGAUCCACGAUGACUCGGGUCCACGUGCGCCGCGUACUCGGAGCCAUCUGGGGCCUCGCCGUGCUGUGCUCUCUGCCUAACGCCAGCCUGCACGGCAUCCAGCAUCUGGAGGUGCCCUGCCGGGGCACGGUGCCCCACUCAGCUGUGUGCACCUUGGUCCGCUCGAGGGCCCUCUACAACCUGGUGGUGCAAAUCACCACUCUGUUCUUCUUCUGUUUGCCUAUGGCCACCAUCAGCGUGCUCUAUCUGCUCAUCGGGCUUCGGCUGCAGCGGGAGAGACUGCUGCUGCUCAGGCAGGAGGCCAGGGGCAGGGCCAAGUCCAGCGAGAGCCGCAGGUUUCAGCGGCCGCAGGAUCAGGGUCGGACACAGGUGACCAAGAUGCUGUUCGUGCUGGUCGUGGUGUUUGGAGUCUGCUGGGCCCCUUUCCACGUCGAUCGCCUCAUGUGGAGCUUUGUGUCCAGCUGGACCGAGGGCGUGUACCUGGCCUUCCAGUACGUGCAUAUUAUCUCCGGUGUCUUCUUCUACCUCAGCUCCGCCAUUAACCCUGUGCUUUACAACCUCAUGUCGAGCCGUUUCAGGGAGACUUUCCAGGAAGCCCUGUGCUUGGGGGCCCGGCGCCGCUACCACAGGCCCUGCCACAACUCCCACAGCCUCAGCAGGGUGACCAUGGGCAGCACCCUGUGUGACCUGGGCUCCCCGGGCACCAGGGCCCACCCUCUGACUGAGAAUGGUGGCCGAGAGGGGCAGCAAGAGACUGACCCCUUCUGAGCGGAGCCUCGAAGCAGCUACACCCAGAGAGACCAGAGUGCCACACGCAGUUUUGGGAGCCACACUCGCCUUCCUCUGCUGGGGUGUCUUCGAGCCCUGUCCCCCUUUGUGCCCGUCGCCACUUCAGCCUCUAAACUCUGACUGGCACCUCAGUGAUUCCUACCCCCACCCAAGUUUUGGAAGGAAUAUAACGUUGCUAUCUGCCCUCCAGAGCCCCAGGCCCACAGGCAAAGCCCUUCUUCUACAGAAACAUGGCAGCUGGUUAACUGGCGGAGCCAGCCUCCAUCUGGUCUCUCCCCCAACCUCACCCCCAUUUUUUUUUUAAUUUUAAUUUUAAUUUUUUAUUUUUUUUUCAAUAUAUGAAGUUUAUUGUCAAAUUGGUUUCCAUACAACACCCAGUGCUCAUCCCAAAAGGUGCCCUCCUCAGUACCCAUCACCCACUCUCCCCUCCCUCCCACCCCUCACCCCCAUUUUCUGAAAUGUUUUCAUCGGGUCCCACCUUUCCUUCCCACUUCUCGUUGAGAUUCUGCAGGUUCCGGCCCGUUCCGGCCCUCUCAGCUCUUGGUCUGUACCCGGGGCCCCCUCCAGCCUGGCCCUCCGUGGCCCCCCGUCAGCUCGUUCUGCUCUGGAUCUCCCCCUGGUGGAGUCGCUGGGUGGCAGGGGUGCCGGGGAUCCGGGGGACCUGGUUCUGGUCUCAGCCCUGCUGCCACCACCUUGCAGCGUGACAUCACCUUUCCAAGCCUUGGUCCCUUGUUUGCAAAAUAAGAGGGGCCCUGACAUUGUACAGUGUCACACUUUGACUUUAGCCGCAGUUUUUUGGUGCGUGUGCUUAAGUCACUGCUUGUAACAAAACUGAUGGAAAACCCAGGAUCGACAAGGCAGAAAUUACUCUGUAUUUCCUCACCACCCUCCAGCUCCUACUCCCUCCCUGACCUCCCUGUCUGCGCCGCCCCCCGCCCCCCGCCCCUGCCACUGCACUGAGAGCCACCCUAGGCAUGUUCUUUGCCUGACAGCGACUGAGGGCCAGCGUGUGAGCGAGGCCCCUGCCUGCCUCAGUCCUCGCCUCCACGUGGGCUGGCUGGGAGGCCUGAGGUGGGCAGAACCCGGGCCUGGCUGACCAGAGGAUUCCGGAGGUAAGAGACAUGGGCCAACCAAGGGCAAGGGGUGACCGUGAGGACAGUUUUGCCUGGGGCUCAGUGAGGGAAGAGCGACCAGGGGUAAGUAUGUAAGUCCUGAAACGAGCCCCAUCCCAAAUGCUUGGGGGCUGGUGCCGUGCUCAGUCAGGACCCACUCGGUUUCUGGAACUUGACCUGUUACAAGUCUGUGGACCCCAACCCCUUCCUGAAACAGGACUGCUGUGGGAGGACUCCCAGCCUCCCUGGCGGGUGCUGCAGGUGCCCAGAGUGAAGAAGGUGGCAUGACGCAGGUCUGUUUGCCCAGGUUCUCCCCGUGACGUGGAGAGAUUGUACAGGGUUGUGCACAAUGAUCUGGAGGUUUUGAAAUUCAAUUAUAAAAAUUUCGAAUGCUCUUGGUAGAAAAAUUGGAAAGUACAAAUAAGCAAAAAUGAAUGAAUUUUAAGUAAUUAAAGACCAUCUUUGCUGGGGUCGGCAGGAGCGGGAAACGGGGAGUUGUUUAACGGGUACAGGGUUUCAGUUUUGCAAGAUGAGAACGUUCUGGAGAUUGGUUGCCCAACAGUGUGACUGUACUUAAUACUGAACUGCACCCUUAAAUGGUUAAGGUGGUAAAUUUUAUGUUAUGUGUAUUUUGCCACAAUUUUUUUUUUUUUAAAGAAAGGAUUAAGGCUAGGGGUGCCUGGGUGGCUCAGUCAGUUAAUCAUCCGAGUCUUGAUUUUGGGUCAAGUCAUGAGAUGGAGCCCUGCGUCGGGCUCAACACUGGGUGUAGAGCCUGCUUGGGAUUCUCUCUGUCCCUCUCCCUCUCCCUCUGCCCCUCCUCUGCUCACAUUCUCUCUCAGCACAGGAAGGAAGGGAGGAAGGGAGGAAGGGAGAAGGGAGGAAGGGAGGAAGGGAGGAAGGAUUAAGUCUAAAGGAAAAGAGGAAAGUUAGAGACCACCCAUAGCUUUACUCUCCCGAGGUAACCACUGUGUGGAAGACAGACGGGGGCCUUCAGAGAGAGGGGCUUGUGAAAAGAAGCAGCACAGAAGGUCGCCUCUGAAGUGAGCUCCCGGGGCUCCGGGCUGGCCAGGGGCAGCAGCCAGGCCCCGGACUCCAGGCUGGAGCUGCGGUUCCCAAAGACUAACCGUGGGCUCCCAGGGACCUCUCUCAAGCGACUGUCAGAGAUGACCUAUGGUCCCGAGGAGCUUGGGCCAGUGUGCGGUUAUGGGAGGUUUGCUGCAGAGCAGUGCUGGGCUGAGUGGGGAAGGUGGAGAUGUGACUUAUCAGAAGGCAUGGCUCCCCUUAGUGUAAACUCGAUGCCUGUCUCUCAAGUGUCUCCCCAACGUGUCAGUGGCUGGGUCCCAUUUGUCACAGGUCACCAGUUACCAUGGAAAGUGGAAAAAAACCACUCUGGGCUCUGCCCUGGAGCAAAAGGGAUGGAGGUGGAAAGGCCAGCCAGCAGGAUCCCACUCCCCGGCAGUGAGUCCCCUGCGGCAGGCCCUUCUGCACCGGUCAGGGUGGGGCAGCGUUCCCCGGAGCGCCCGGGGCUACUCCCAGGCCAGGGGUCCCCAACUCUUCUUAAGUGUCUGGGGUUUCUGGGGCUCGAGCCACCUCCCCCUCCUGGCUACGGUCACCCACAUCUCUCCUCCUCUGUGUUCAAGAGCUGGGGCUCUCUCCACUUCCUAUCUACUCCACUCCUUUUUCAAAAAAGAGAGAGUGCACAUGCGUGAGGGGGAAGGCCAGAGAAAGAGGGGGACAGGGGAUCUGAAGUGGCUGUGUGCUGACAGCAGAGAGCCCGAUGCGGGGCUCAAACUCACAAACCUUCAGAUCAUGACGUGAGCCGAAGUCGGACACUUAACCGACCGAGCCACCCAGGCGCCCCUCCAUCUAUUCCACUCUUGCCAUUAUCCUGGGAGGCAUCGAAGUCCACAUGGAUGUCCCACUGCUGCCCUGUUUCAGUUCCCGAUCUUUCCUUCAGCUCUGGAGACCUCUCCUCCACCCCGCCUCUUGGAUCCUUGGUGACCUCCUCACUCCCAGGACCUCCAGGAGUUUUUCCAUUUCUGGAAGGGGGAACUCUUGACCAUGACAGCCUCCUUCCUGCUCUUCCCCUAUGAUAGAUUUAUUUUUCUACCUCAGCCAGCCUUCCUCGUUCUCGACUGCUCUGCUUUCCUCCACUUCGUCAGCUUCCUCCCAU